AUGGCUGACUGCAUUAAAUAUUUUAUUAGCGUGACCAUUAUAUUUUACUGUGAUGCGGCAACUUUCAUGGAACAAUUAGAACAUAUUGCGAAUAGACGUCAAGAAAGCGUAGGAAUAUCCGACAAUAACCUAAGGAGAUUCAAUUAUGGUAAAGAUGUAUCCGGCAUAAUCGGAGCACCAUCGAGACCAAAUCACCUACCAGAAGCGGAACCAAUACUACCUGGUCACACACUCAUAAGACCAGCUCUUGGAAUGUUGAAAUCAUCUGUCAAGUUCCCUCAUAAAGAUUCUGAUAAUGGAGCAGGCGUAUAUGGAAAUAUCAAUAAUUUAGGAAUCAGGUACGAUGGAAAAAAUGAAAGAGUUUUAUACUCAGGUUUCCGAAGAACUCCAGAUCCAACUCCAGAUUAUAUUAUGAGCCGUUCCUCGAACUGGAAUAAUUUGUUCAAAGAAAUAUUAUUAAUGAAUCGCGAAAAAAACGCGAAGGAAAAUAUAAUGUUAAGAACUGAAAGUAGGGAAUUGAAAUCGAUCGAAAAACCUCUGGAAUUGAACGAAGGGUUGUUGGGUGAAAUUAAUUCGGAUGGAAAGGAGAACAAACAGCAAUGGUUCUGGAAUUCUAAGGACGCAUUCACAAACAUUAAAAUUAACCAAGACGCUCCUGAACUAUCCGAGUUGAUCCCGCCUAAUACAACCCAAAAAUUACGACAGUGGUGGUUUUAUCAUCAGGAAGAUUAUAAGCCAUUUGCUGAAGACUGA